AUGGCCAGUUCGAGUAAAGCGACUUUAAUCUUGCUCAUCUACGGAAUCUUAAUGCACUACAGCGUCUUCUGCACACCUAUCGGACUAAGUUACCCUAAGAUUAGACUUGAAAACGACGCCUUCGAUGAGGAUGGGAAUUCAUUAUCCGACAUGGGUUUUGAUAGCGACCAAAUUGCUAUACGAAGCCCGCCAUCCUUAAACGACGACGCGUACACUCUUUACUACCCACCAGAGAAGAGACCAGAAAGGCAUGCUGAGGAAGAAUUAGAUAGAGCCUUGAGGGAGAUCCUGGGUCAGUUAACAGCGAGACAUUAUCUGCAUUCUCUGAUGACAAUUCGUGCAGGUGAUGACAGCAGCAUGGAGGAAGAGUCAGAGCCCUUAUCCAAAAGACAUUCAGAUGGGAUCUUCACCGACAGCUACAGUCGCUAUAGAAAGCAGAUGGCCGUGCAGAAAUACCUGGCAGCGGUUCUUGGAAGAAGGUACAGACAGAGAGUUAGGAACAAAGGACGCCGACUUGCCUAUUUGUAG